GCGAUGCGUCACUGCGCUUACGGGUAGUCGGGACGCCAAUCUCGCGUGAUGAGACUUGUGGCGUUGGGAUUUUCAGAAAGACAGGAGCAGGAAGCUUACAGUUAACAGCUUUGCGGAAGGUGCAAGUAGCGAUCGGGGACUGCGGACUCUCUUAGGAAAAGCGGGACUGUUGGGCACUGCGCAUUUACCUGGAUUAGAGGGUGAAGUUUGAACUUCAGUAUAGCUUAUCCCUAUACGUCUCUACCGGGAUGAAAACUGAGACAAAACUAGCAGUAUAGCAAGCUGAUUAGGGACAUGCCUGCACCCUAGUAACUGCCCGACCACCUGAAGUCUGCAACUCACUGCAAGUAGGUGUCAGUCCAAGUAAGUGCAGCACAGCAGCCCUCCCCCCAAUGGAGGCUCUGAGUAGAGGAGGGUGAGAUGGAUGGAAAUAUUGUGGUGCCUCCAUCACUUGAAGAAAGCAACCAAAGAAACACCGUGGAGACCAUGCCACAAAACAGUGUGGGAGAUGAGUUGAAAGAGGUUUUGCCUGUAGAAGUUGAAAGCACUGUCAUGAAGAGCCAGGAAAACACUGAGGCUCUGGAUUUGACAUCAUUGCCUCCUUGUAGCCAAGAUCCAGAAUCUGUGCCCCUGAGGACUCCUACUACUGAAGCACACGGUGUGGAGGGGGCAGACGUCAGAGUAUCAACAGAGGCAUUGGACCAGAGCAAAAUAAAUGAGGAUAAGGAAGGUGCCACACAAGAGGAAAAUGGCAGGAUUAAGCAGGGACCUAAGAGGGUAACAUUCCCUUGUGAUGAUGACAUUGUGUCUGGUGCCCUUGAACCCAAAGAUCCAUGGAGGCACGCUCAGAAUGUUACAGUGAAUGAUGUGAUCACAUCCUAUUCCCAGGCCUGCCAGAAGCUCAACUGCAAGCAAAUUCCAAAACUUAUCCGACAGCUACAGGAUUUGACUGAUCUCUCAGGGAGAGUUGACACCAUGGAUCUUAAAGGAGAGCGUCUGGAUCAUAAGGCAUGCGAGGCUCUGGAAGAAAUUUUUAAAAGAGUGCAGUUUAAGACGGUGGACCUUGAGCAGACCAACUUGGAUGAGGAUGGUGCUUCUGCUCUGUUUGACAUGAUUGAGUAUUAUGAGUCAGCAACUCACCUCAACAUUUCCUUCAACAAGCACAUUGGUACUAGAGGUUGGCAGGCUGCAGCACAUAUGAUGCGUAAGACCAACUGUCUGCAGUAUCUGGAUGCACGAAAUACACCAUUGUUGGACCACUCUGCACCAUUUGUGGCCCGUGCACUCCGCAUUAGCAGCAGCUUAACGGUACUACAUCUUGAAAACACCAGCCUGUCUGGGAGACCCUUAAUGUUACUGGCUACAGCUCUAAAGAUGAACAUAGUGUUGCGGGAAUUAUACCUUGCUGAUAACCGUCUCAACAGCCUGCAAGAUUCAGCUCAGUUGGGGAAUUUACUAAAAUUUAAUAGCUGUAUCCAGAUUUUGGACCUGCGAAACAAUCAUAUUUUGGAUUCAGGUCUGUCAUACAUCUGUGAAGGAAUAAAGGAACAGCGACAGGGACUGGUCACCCUGGUCCUUUGGAACAACCAGUUGACUCACGCUGGCAUGGUUUACAUGAGUCUGUGUCUGCCUAAUACUCAGACUUUAGAAACACUGAACCUGGGCCAUAAUGCAAUUGGUAAUGAAGGUGUCCGGCAUCUUAAAAAUGGUCUGAUUGGUAAUCGCAGCGUUCUCCGACUUGGAUUGGCAUCUGCUAAGCUCACCUGUGAAGGUGCAGUAGCUGUUGCAGAGUUUGUUGCUGAGUCACCUCGUCUCCUUCGACUUGACCUACGGGAAAAUGAAAUCAAGACGGGGGGAUUAAUGGCACUCUCACUUGCCCUUCGUGUUAACCAGUCUUUGCUGAGGUUGGACCUUGACAGAGAGCCAAAAAAAGAGGCAGUUAAAAGCUUCAUCGAAACUCAACGGGCCCUCUUAGCAGAGAUUCAAAAUGGAUGUCGGCGAAACUUUGUUUUGGCAAAGGAAAAGGAAGAACAGCUCCAACAAUCUGCCUCCAUGACAGAAAUUGCUAGCCCAGCACUUAAAGACUCUAGCACAGACCCUGAGGAGUCUAAUAACUCUGUUGAGGAUUCCAGUCAGGCAUCUGAAGACACAAAAGCUACUUCAGUAGAUUCAGAAGAUGGCGAGAUCAGUACUACUAAGGAGUCUGUGGAAGGUGAAUCUGACUCGGACACAGAGGAAGAAGAGAACGACUCGGCAGUAGAGCCCAAACCAAAGGAGAGCCCUGGGCAGGUGACUGUAUCUAGCCCUGGAAGAAGCCACAAAGUUUUUUUGGUAACCAGAGUAGAGAACCCAAACUGUGCAGAGAAGGAUAAGAAAUUACCAGAGCUGACAAAGCCUCUUAAUGAAGAGGCAGUACCCCCAGGAAGCAAUGCUCUUGCUAAUGGACUAGAGCAAAAUGCAGGCAAUGUAACACCAUGUUGUGAUAACAAGGAUUCUCUUGGGAAUUAUAGUGAUAGUGAGCUGGAGGAUUUGUUACGUGAUGCUUCUACAGAGCCAGACCCUGCACUGAACAUUAUAGCACUAUAAGGAUCAGCUGUUUGGGCCGUAUGGUGUACCUUCUUUUUUCACCUCCCCAAAUCCUUUUACAAUCCCAUUUCUCUCGCCUUAAGGAAUGGGGGCCUGUCGGAUCGGCGCACACGGGUUUCCUUAUGAAAACUUUCAGUUCAUCCGGUUUCCACUUCCUUAUACAAUGGCAAUAAGGGCAUGUUGGAGUUUGUAUUGGGUAUGGGAUUCUUAAAGUGGAAACCAAACUCCUAUGAGGUUCCACCCAGCUGGAGAUUUUUCAGCACAAAGAUAUGAGACCCUACUUGGUACAAGAGGACGAAUCCAUGCAGCUGCCCCUGUUAUUUGGACUGUUACUUGCUGUAGAAUUUCUAUGUGGGUUCAGUUAUUUCAAACCAUAAUUUGAAGCUCAGUACUUGUUUAUGAUGCUUCCGUGUGGUCUAAUGAAAGUCUCCCUGUUGGCAGGAAAGAGUUGAGGGUUUUCUGGGAAUUAGGAGUCCUUGAUAGAAAUACCACUUGUAGGUCAAGUAUCCUGUUUAUGCCAGAGAACGGUAGUUUUAGACUGUAGAUUUCACUACGCACAUUGCACUUGCAAACCAUUAGUAUCCCAUUCCUGGGAAAAUAGUUUUGUCUGUCUGUUCCAAACAUCACUACAUUGCCCUAGACUGGCAAACACUUAAAGUCAAGCCCUGCAACUAAAUUAUUUUAAAGCCCCACACUAAAGUGGGAAAAGGCCAAAGAUAAGCUGACAGCAUAUUCCUGCCAUAGGAAAAGCAGUUUAACACAUUUUCUACCUGUUUCAAACAUCCCUUCAACUGUAGCUUAUUGGUUGUUUUAAGUGGGACCACUUAGUAGCACUACAAAACCUGAAGGUGGGUGGAGGGUUGGAAGAUGGUUGCAACAUUAAUGAGAUUACUGGAAGUGGCUUGUGCUAGGGGCAUUAGAUUAAGGUGCAUUAAGUGACAGGAUGGCGUCGGCGCAAGGGCUGAUUCUCUCCCUGCAUUUAUUCUCAGGCCAAGAAUCAUCCCCGUCUGACAUUAAUGUGGCAUUAUCUCUAAUUCUGUAGAGGCUACAUUUGAUUUGGAUGGUGGUCAUCUUUCCUUUCCCGCCCCUCAAUAUGUCAUGUCUACAACAUAAUGUAUAGCUACACACACACGCACACACACACACUUGUGUUGCUAGUUUUUCCCUUUUUCGCCAUUCAUAAUACUUGUUAAUACACUGUCCAGGAAGAGCAUGUUUCCCAGUAUCAUGCAGUGUGUUCUCUCUCUCUUUGCAUACAAUCUCUUUAAAUAAAUCUUAAUUGAUUUGAAUUAAUUUUACCCCAUGAGAACAUCUAUUUUGUAUCAGCUGGGAAAAAAAGAGUCCUUUGAUGGAAUUGCAGGGGGAACAAAGUUGUGUAAAGGUCGGUUACAGCUGGUAAGCUUCUAGUUUUGGCUUAAAGCACAGCUUGUACCUGCCUACACUGAGAGAUGCUAUGGGAGUCAGUGAUCUUAUGUUUUAGGCUUUAACAGGCACUUUUCUAUUUUAUUUGGGCGGGGGUGGUAUUAAGAGUACGCUGCUUCAGGGCUAAAAAUAGGUGAUCUCAUACAUAGUGUAGGGUUGUUGAAUGUAAAUGAUUUAUGUGUACUAUCAUUCUUGCUCCUUAUUUCAUCUUACAAGAAACUGUUGGCUGCUUUAUGUAUUUUUCCUUCUUACAGAAUGACAAGUUUAUCAAUUGCUGCCCAUGGAAAUCGCCUGCGUAAAUGUGUGUAGAUCAUUUUAUUUGUAAUUUAUUGUUCCAGCCAAUAUUUAUAAAAAGCGUGUGUGUGUGUGUGUACAUGCCCUGUGUGCAUAUACAUUCCACCCAAUAUUAUACACUAAUAAACCUUACAGGUUUCCCGAAAUGUUUUACUUGUCCCCUCACCUGUGGGAUUUAAUUGUGGCCACCUGACAAAACAGACAUUUUUUUAAACUUAAAUGCAAUUCUAAAGGUGUUAAAUGGGAAACGCAAGAUUCCCUAUGUGCAAUAUAACCCCUAUAUACACCCACACUACACACUGCCCUGCAGAUGUUGGGUUACCCACCAUAUACAACCUUCAAACUGUGCUGUGUUUUAAAAGGGUUUUCUUCCUAUUAGCAAAUAAAAUGAUUUCCUAUAUGCUUUCAA